UUUUUUUCUUGUCUCUUGUGACGGCGGCUUCGGCUCUUUCUGCGGCGGCGGCUUCGGGUUUUAUCUAUUACAACUUGGUAUAUUAGUUGCCUGCAUUCUCCACCAUAUGUAGCGGGCCUCUGGGUGUGGGGUUUCCACGCCACCAAGUUGAAUAGACAAUACCGACACAACACACAAAGCAGGUUCAACUUAGGAUGGUUUAUCCACCUAGUAAACACAACCAGGGUGGGAAAAGGGUCAUCCACCUCCUUAAUGGUCCAGUCCUCUCUGUAUCUUGCUAGCCCCAGCCCUGGCUUGUGGUAGCCUGCUCUCCCUUUUUACUGCAAGCACUCCAGCUUAAUGGCCUUCAGGCCUGCCUCGUUAACUGGAGGAAUUCCAUAUAUGGCCUGGGGGUGGAGCCAGCUGGUUGCCAGGCCUACCACUCCCCUCACUCCUCCCUUGCGUCUGCCUUAAUACACACACACACACACACACACACACACACACACACACAAAGGCAAAAAACAAAUGUCUCUUUCCUUCCUGUUCCCUUACUAGGAACGAAGUGACAACAAAGAUGGCCAUCCUGGACGUUCUCGAUGAAGAUGCCUUUAAAGGAGAAAUCAUAGACCCAGAUAUUGCACGACAAACAGAAGUCAACUUUUACCGCGGGGCUCCGCCCCUUUGGUUGAAUUUCGACCUUGCUGAAAAAAACAAAGAUGAAGACCUUCUCAUUAAACGGGUUGGGUAUGAUAUACUUCUUCAGCAGAUCUCGAACAACAAAUCUGGAGUAUGUUUAAACCACAAGCCAGGGAGUGGUGGCACCACAUUGGCCAAGCAGCUUCUCUGGGACUUGAGAAAAUCAUUCAAGUGUGCUGUUCUAGUCGACCCCAGCUUAGAAAGCUCGCUGAUUGCGACCGCUGUGAUUGAUCUCUACGCUGCUGACGAAUCAAACAACCGUAAGACUGUACUUCUGUUGGUGCAGGAUAGAAACAUGAGCACUCUCCGAGAGAGUUUUGUGGCAGAAUUGUCUAAAAGGAAUAUCAAUUCAGAUAAACCCGUCUUUGUCAUACUUAACUGUGUGAGGAUUGCCCACAUCAACGCUGAACGCUCUGAUGAUGUCAACCUUGUCGACCACCUCAUUGGUGAUGAGAAAAAGAAAUUUGAUGCCAAAAAAGAGUGCCUUAAACGCAGGUAUCCUGAUAUUUUUCACACAUUCCAUGGCUUCAACAUUAUGCAAAGCGACUUCUCCCAAGACUAUGUCAAACGGGCAUGGGAUGCUUGCAGGUCUCUCGUCUCAAAUCGUGGUCCCCAGCCUAUUGCUUGCCUGUGCCUGUUGAACAGCUAUGUCCCGGGCUCUAUCUUUCUAAAAAGUAGCUGUGAGAAAUUUAAAGAGACAAUGGGACCUUUCCUUCACCUGACGGUCAGCUUCAAUCUCAAUGGCAGUGCUGAGGUCCUCCGCAUGGCUCAUCCAAUGAUAGCAGAGCACGGCACUCAGGUCUUCCAUGAAGCAGGCAUGGGCAGAAAGGUCACGGCACGUACCUUGCUGAAAAGCCUAUGCACUGAGGACCAUGUCCUGUUUCUAUCCGAGUUCAUUAAAAAGCUGCUCAUCACACGACAAGAUGAUGAUUCUGGAAAUCUUCUGGAUUUCUCCAGAUUGAUUGUAGACAUUAAGACUGGGAAUGCUCUGACUGGGAAAAAAGAGUGUUUAUCGGUUUUAGAGGAGGCAUUCAAUAUAUUUCCUCUGAUAGGAAGCUACCCCCAGACGCUUUCUCGUUUCUAUUACCUAGAGAUGACUGACUACCAGAAAGCAUUGCAAUUGGCAAAGAUAGCAAAAGAAAUCGCUCCUAACAACUCCUUUAUAGCUGACACAUUGGGACAAGUCUACAAACAUAAUCUGAACAGAGAACUCCAAAAUGAGUUAAACCCAAACACCUUAACUACAAUCUUUGAACUUGCAAAGAAAGCCUUCAAAGCAUUUGAACAUGCAGAGAAUCUUGCAGAAAGCGAGUCGACUAUUUUCAACGUCAGGCCAAUAUCGUCUUAUUUGAAAGUUGCAAACAAUCUUUUUGAACGGAAGGAAGACCUAGAGAAAGCGACCAAAAGAAAAAAAAGAAAAGAAUAUAAUGAACUGAUAUCCCCUAUCUCUGAUAAGAUAGAAAAAAGAGCAAGAUUCAUUAACAUGUUACUGAGUUACUCAGAAAAGAGCUUUGGAGACAAAGAUCCAGAAUAUGUUUUGAGGGAGGCCAGACAAUGCUAUAAAGAUUACAUUCGUGAUGGGGACUUGAAGGAGGGUCUUGGAACAGGAAUCAGAGAAGAAGAUCUCAAAAAGCUUCAUAAGAACUGGCCGAAUGACAAACAAAAACCAAGGUUGAAGUUAAAAAUGAUGGUCGAAGACCUCAAGGCCUCCUUCCACGAAACUCAAGAGAAUUAUUUCAGGUCCAGGAAGCUUCUACCCCUCCUUUAUCUUGAAAAAAUUGACGGAGUCAAGGAAAGAGUUGACGGAGAGGUCCGUUUUCACAAACUGUACACUACUGUGGGGGAUGAAGAAAUACAGCUGGAUGUGGAUCCGGCCCAACAGCUGGCUCUCUGGAGGUCUGGAACAGUGACCUUUGAACUUGGAUUCACCAUCAGAGGCCCUACAGCCUACGACAUUCAGUUCCCGAAUAAGAAAGGUGUUCUCUUAUGAUAAGCCAAACAUGGCGGCUGACCACAGAGACCUGAACCAACUGUACGGCACCAACAUUAUUUUAGAUUAUUACUUGAAUGUUGUGGUUUUAUGGUUUUGAAGUUCAGCAAAUAAUUAUUUUUCUUUAAUUAUGAAUUAUGCUAUGCAUCGAUUUUUUCUCUAAAUAAUCGUUUUAAACAUUACAUCUUAUUCUCAUUGAAUUUACGUGUGAAGAUCGUUUAUAUUUUGAUCUGCAUGCAAUACUGGCACACCGCUAAGAAUAGGAGUUAGACAAAAAAUAUAACUUUUUUUGGAUUAUUGCUUGAAUGUUUUCUUUUCAAGUCUAGCAAAUAAUACAUUUUCUUAUGAAUUAUGUCAUGUAGUGCUUUUUUCUCGAAAUAAUCAUUUUAAACAUUACAUCUUAUUAUCAAUGAAUUUAUGUGUGAAGAUAGUUUAGCAUAUAAUUUGAUGUGCAUGCCACACUGGCAUACCGCUACAUAUAGGAGUUAGACAAAAAAUGUAUAACGUUUUUUUAGAUUAAUGCUUGAAUGUUGGUUUGUUUUCAAGUCUGGCAAAUUUCUAAUGAAUUAUGUUAUGUAUUGCUUUUUUCUCAAAAUAAUCAUUUUAAACAUUAAAUCCUUAUCUCAUUGAAUUUACGCAUGAAAAGUUUAUAUCUGGAUCUGCAUGUGACACUGGCACACGGCUAUACUGUAAAUAGGAGUCCGACAAAAAAUAUGUCCUUUCUGAAUAGAUGAGUAAUUCGAUUUGAGCAGAUGGCUCUGGGUUUGAAACUCCAAUGUCUGCAUUGUACCAGUAGCGGCGCCAAAGAAUUAUGAGUGCGGGAGCUACAGGUACUAGAUUGUUUAUAGCAGGUGCCAAAUACAUUUUGUCGCAACAAACGAUAACAAAUAAUAUUACACACUAUAAUAUAGUACGAACAAACCAAUCAAGUUCAACCAAAAGCAGCAACGUUCAUCGUCAAUUGGAAUUAUGAUUUAAUUUUGUUACAUAUAAGUCAGUACGAUGACUUCAUAUAGCUAUACAGAUAUAUUAUUAUGGCGAUCACAGCUGUGGUCGCCAAGUGUCGCAAAAG